AUGGCAGCCUCGUCGCAACAAAAUCAACCAGCUACGAUGGCCAAGGAUUUCAUGGACAACGAGUCCGAUGCCUAUGACGAGAUUCGUCCGACUUUCUACAUUGGCCAGCAUGACUCCACCAGAUCCGAGACUCUCACCGACUUGCAGUAUGGCCAAGUCCUGAACUCCGGUUUCAGUUUUGUCACCACCCCCAUCACUAAUGACCGUUUCCAUGAGCGUAUAUUGCAACUGCUGGAAACCAGCUUGUCGGAUCUGGGUGGCGAGCAGAGUUCUGGAUCACGCCCUGACCCUAUUGUCCCCCCCUUGACCACCGAGGACACCACUCUUUACCCAGGAACCUACACAGGUGGAUUCAUCGCCUAUUCAAGCCCGUGGAUCGACCUCUGCUCUUCGAAUCACAUCGUAUCGAGCAUAUCCAGACAGGUCCUGAACCUCGAAGUCGCCUAUGCCAACUUCUGCGGCGUCAGGAGUAUCAUUGUACCUGGGCCCAGACAAGACUCUCUCAAGCUCGGCAACAGCCAAGGCGUUGCGCAGUAUGCCCGAGCCAUACAGGAGACCCUGUUGAUCGGCACUCGCGUCAACAUUAUCAUUCACAUGCCCAUGUAUCGUGAGCCUGGCCUGGAAGAGAAGAUAGCGCUCUUGUCUCUGUCCAAGGAUAAGCAGGAUGAAUCGCAAGAUCGGCAGGAGAUUGACCUCUUCAGCGCUUGGGACUCCUGGCAUGUGAUACGUACUGCUUGCGAGUACGAUUCACGACUUCUAGUCGCUCUGAAAGUGCCCCGAGUGCUUCCCGACAAGGAACUGCAGACCAGAUGGUUUUCCGAACCACUUCAGUAUCUGACCUUUGGCCCUCAGGCAUUUCAGACGAAUAAAGCCGACCACCCAUCGCUGAGUCGAGCUCAUCAGAACCUGAUCAUGACCUAUAUGCAACUCAAGAAUGCCCCGUAUUUCAUACUUUGCGAUGUCGGACCCGAGGUGGAAGCUGGCCCCGAUAUUAAGGACGUCGUGGGUACUUCGUCUGCGGCCGAGUUCCCUACUUUGGAAGAGGCUGCUGCUUCGCAACCCGCUAAGAGCGGCCAGAAGGUUCUCAAUGCCUACUCUUCGUACCUGAGACACGUCGAGAGACAGCAGGAGCCCCUCAGCGUCAUGGAGCAGAACACCCUGACCAACUUCCAGGACUGGCUGCAAUCGCCACUGCAGCCCCUUUCCGACAAUCUGGAGAGCAUUACCUAUGAGGUGUUCGAAGGCGACCCGGUCAAGUACUAUCAGUACGAACUGGCUAUCAUGGAGGCUCUACGUGAAUGGGUAGACCAGGGCAAACCCGCGUCGUCUCCAGGCGGUGUCGUUAUCGCUGUCGCAGGCUCUGGUCGUGGACCUCUCGUGACGCGUGCCCUCAGAGCCAGCGAAAGUACUGGUGUGCCUGUCAAAGUAUGGGCCGUGGAGAAGAACCCGAAUGCAUACGUCUACCUCCUGCGGCAGAAUCAGACGCAGUGGGGCGGCCGCGUGACAGUCGUCAAGACCGAUAUGCGAGCCUGGAAAGGCCCAAUCGUAUCUUCGCCCGAUGACGCCGAAGUAGUCCAUGGCAACGUCGACAUCCUCGUAUCGGAGCUCCUCGGCUCCUUCGGCGACAAUGAGCUCUCGCCCGAGUGUCUCGACGGUAUUCAGCAUGUGCUGGUCCCAGAACACGGCAUCUCGAUCCCAAGCUCGUACACGGCGCACCUCAGCCCGAUCUCGACACCCCGUAUCUUUGCCGACAUCUGCCAGCGGCGAGAGUCGGGCGACAUCAAUGCCUUUGAUACGCCAUGGGUAGUCCGGCUGUUCGCUCUCGACUUCGUGGCCCAGCGUGUGCCGGGCCGCGCCCGCUUCCAGCAGGCAUGGGAGUUUGUGCACCCUCUGCCGCAGGCGACAAUGGAUGCGGUCGAGGCGCGCAGGUCUGGUGGCGUUGUCGGCGGCGGAGGAGGCAGCAUGUCGGGCGGUGUCGGUGCCAACGACCACAACGCUCGGCAUUGCCACCUUACAUUCGUGUGUAGGUCGCGCGGUGUAAUCCACGGUCUCGCAGGAUACUUCGAGGCGGUGCUCUAUGCGCCCAAGGGAACGACAUCAGCAGGUGACAGCGACCGAGAGCCGGAGGCGAAGCAGAAGGUUGAGCUGAGCAUACUCCCGGAAAUGAUUGAUAGAAAGAGCAAAGAUAUGAUCUCGUGGUUCCCUAUCUUCUUUCCGCUCAAGCAACCGCUUUACUUCCCGCCAGACACAGAGCUCGAGGUCAGCAUGUGGCGGCAGACGGACGAUGCCAAGGUAUGGUACGAGUGGAUGGUUGAGGCCUUCAUGUGGGUUGGUCCUUCCCAGAGGGUCAAGGUUGGUGGUUCAGAGCUGUGCAGUAGCCGAAAGGUGGCUUGCCAGAUGUGA